GCUGGUGGAAGCUGGGCGCAGGGCCCGCCGCCCUCGGUUCGUGCGCCUUGGCUCAAGCAGCAGCGUGAGCCUCUGCCCGCAAAUCACCUCACCGAAGAGCAGCUCGCAGCAUACACGCACAUGGAUGCCGAGACUUUCGCCGUUCUCGAGCCGACCUUGGGACAGUCGGCCAGAGACAGAAUCCGCAGGCUGCGCAGCAUCGCUUCAGCUGACCCCGCGAUCGUGUCCAAAGAAUCGCAGAAAGAGCUGGAGCAGCUCACGCAGCAUAUCAGCAAGCAGCAGUCCAAGCACGACAAGGCAGUGCACGCGCUGCAGCGCGCGGCAGAGUACUUCUCGGAGUGCGAGGACGACCUGGAGACGCUCAAGGCCAAGCACAAGGGGGUGGCCGACCGCGCCGCCAAGGCCAUCGCAGCCGUGGGCGGAUCGCUGCAGGCGAGUGCGCCUGUGGCUGGCGGCGAGGGGCCAGCUGCGCAGCUGCUGGCCCGCGCGCAGGAGCUCGGGGCGCCCGAGCUGGCCGCGCGGCUGGAGGCGGUCCUCGCGGAG